CAAAAUUUUCAAUUCAAAUAUUUAAUGGAGACUCAAACACUUUUACAUCAAUUAGUAAAGCAGGCAUUCCCUGAAUCAAUUGAGGAAAGCACAUUAAAUAAUUACAAAACUUAUUUUUUGAGAAUCCUAAAUGUGCGAACAGGAAUUUAAUUGAUGGAUGAAUCUGAACUUCAAGCAGAGAUGACAAAAAUGACUAAUGUAAUAUUAUAUUUAAAUAAAAGAAAUCGUAAGCAUAUAGAUUACAAGAUUGUUUGAAUAGAUUGAACAAAACGAGAUUAAGGAAAAAAAAUGAACUUAUUCACUUUCUUUUUAGAACGAGCCAACUUAAUUAAAAUAAUAGUUAUACUAACUAAACUAUAGAUACAUUAUUUAAAUCAUAAGAGAUCUCUUAAAUUAACUAUUCUCAAACACUGCCUAAGAAAAUUAUUGAAGAGAGUCCUAAAAAUAAUGAUUAAUUAAUGAUCAUACAAUAAAUAUCAGAUAAAGGAAAUGUAAAUCUCUCUAUUACAUAAAAUGAUUUGAUUAAGGAUCUUAUAUUUAGUAUUUAAGGUAUCGAAAGUUAAUAUAUAUGUUAUGAUGCUAUCAAUGAUUCAUUCUAAAUCAAAAAAGAUGUUGUUAUUAGUUCUGCUAGUAGAAAACUUAUAAAUGUAAUGUGUGAAUGUGGUUGGUUAUUUAAGAAAAUACAAUCCUUUACCUAAACUACAUAUAAUAGUUUAGUAUUACAAGCUCUCUAAAAUUCAAUAAAAGAAGAAUUAAAUGAAUAUUAUAGAUUAAUAGCUUAUUUUGAGAAUCUUUUGGCAGAGUCUACUUUGACUUUAAGAAAAAUGUACAUGUGGUUAAAAUAACCAAUGCAUCAUUUAGUUUAGAUCAAUUUAGUUUUAUCUCAAAUCAUGACUAAUGUAUAAUUAGGAACUACAUCAUCAUUAGUCAUUUCUAUUUUAUGUAGAUAUUCAAAGCAUGGUUGCCCAUAAACUUCUUAAUUAUUUUCUAGAAUUCUCCAUCAAACUACUAUACCUAUUGUUAGAUUUAUAAAUUAAUGGAUUUUUGAUGGUUCUUUGAGUGAUUAAGCAUAAGAGUUCUUUAUAGAAAGAAAUGAUUCUAAUAAAAUAUAAAUAAGAGAUAGCGGAGAAUUAUGGAAAAAUGAAUUUAAAGUUAAUCAAGAUAAAAUACCAUAUAUGAUUACCUUGAAUGAUUCUUAUAAAAUAUUUGAUACUGGCAGAGUUAUAAAUUGGCUUAGAAAAUAAUGUAAAUAUACUCAAUUUAAUUAAAAUUAUGAAUUGAUCACUAUUGAUCUAUUAGGAACAGAAUAAUUUUCUCUUUUUGUAGAUCAAGUCAAUAAGGAAUAUAAUAAAUAGUUAAUUUAAUUAAUUAAACCAAACUUUAAGAUUACUCUAAAUGCUAUCAAAAGGUUUUUACUUUUAGGAUAAGGAGAAUUUAUUCACACUUUAAUGGAAUUAUUAUAAACUGAAUUAAAUAAGCCAGCUUAAUAGUGCUAUAGACAUACUUUAUUAAGUAUUUUAGAGUCAGCAUUUAAAAAUAUUUCAUAAGAAGUUAGACUUAAUGUUAAAUUACUUGAACCUUCUUAAAAUGAUACUGGAUGGGAAAUAUUUUGUUUAGAUUAUGCUAUUGAUGAACCUUUAAAUACCAUUUUUAACUAAAAAAUUAUGUUAUCAUAUUAUAGAAUUUUCAACUUUUUAUGGAGGAUAAAGAGAGUUGAAUUUAUAUUAACUUAAUGUUGGAAAAUGCAUCAAAAAUUUAUGACAAUUCCUAAUCAAUUCCAAAAUAUUAAAAAAGCUAUACAGUUAAGUUACUAGAUGAUGAAUGAAAUGUAGCAUUUUAUCAAGAAUUUUUAUAGUUAUCUAAUGUUAGAAGCUAUUGAAAGUCCCUGGAAAAAAUUUAUUGAUGAAUGUGAUAAAAUAUAAGAUUUAGAUGGCUUGAUUAAAAUACAUGAAUAAUUUAUUUCUGAUAUUCUUGAUAGAUCAUUCUUAAAUACUAAAGGAGAAGCUACGUAAAAGUUGCUAUUUAAAUUAUUUGAUUACAUUUUCAGAUUUAAAAGUUGUCAAGAAUUACUUUUAAGUUAUGCUAAAGAUUAAAUCUCUUAAAUAGAUAAUUAAUAAUUAUAAUUAAAAAAUUUACUUAACAAAUAAUCAAAUAUAACAAAAUAAACUCAAUUUAAAAAUUAAGAGAUUAUUAAGUCUUUAUUGGAAUUGAGAAAAUAAUAUAGAGAUUAAAUGUUUGAAUUGCUAGAAAAAUUGAAAAAAGAAGAUAGAUUGAAAUUUCUACAUUUUAAAUUAGAUUUUAAUGAGUACUAUAUAGGAAUUUAAGAAUCCAAACUUUUUAAUUACGAUUUAGAAAGGUAAUCAUUUUUUUUAUUUAUUAAGAUUUAUUGGUAUGUAUUUACCUAAAGUCAAUGAAGUUUAAAUUUAAAAUCCUCGAGUCUAAAGUACUAAAUAAUUAAUAUAACCAUAAUAAUAACAGUAAAGAACAUUUAAUACAAAUAUUGAAUUUUAGAAUGAAGUUAAAUCUGUAAAAGAAGGAUGUAAACAAUUAUUUUAAUUUUUUAGUAAAAUUAUUAGAAGAAUAAAGAAGAUAAUAAUUGUAAUUAAAGGAUCAAUUCACUAAAUCUCCAUUACAAAAAUCUCCAUUAAUUUAGAUUCCACCAACUAUGACAGAACAUGAAAAAAGAAAGAAUGAUGAAGAUUUGAGUUCCAGCGAUGAUGAUUGAGUUGUGAUAUUAAAAGAAAUUUAUUUAUUUAGUUUUUUGAAAUCAGA